AUGGGGAACUCGCUGGGGAACUCGCUGGGAUGCUCCGCGUCGGGGGAGCGGCUGGUUUCGGCGGCGAGGGAUGGCGACCUCGUGGAGGCCCGUAUGCUUCUCGAGUUGAAUCCCUCCCUCGCUCGCUACUCCACCUUCGGCGGUCUCAACUCCCCUCUACACUUCGCCGCCGCCAAGGGCCACAACGAGGUCCCUGAUCUCCCUGAAUUCUCUCCCUCUCCCUGCUUUCUCCCUGAAUUACCCCGUCGAUUUUAUCGGUAUUCCUUGAUUGUUUGCCUCAUGGUCCUCAGAUCGUCCUGCUUCUGCUGAAGAACGGUGCGUGCGUGGAUUCGAGGAACUACUGUGGGCAGGUAAUCGCCGAUUAGGGCUCCAUUUUUUCCCCCAAUUGUUUCGUGGAUCUACCGCUUCAUCCUUCCCGUAGCUUCCAGUCCGGUGUAGCACCGUGCUUGAUUUCGCUUUCCCCAUUGCGGCAGACAGCGUUGAUGCAGGCGUGUCGAUACGGCCACUGGGAGGUGGUGCAGACUCUCCUGCUAUUCAGAUGCAAUGUGCGUCUCCUUGUUCUUCCUCAUACCCUGAAGUUCCUGAGAGAUCGGCAAUCCCUUUGAAGAACUGUUCCUUGUCAUCUGAUCUGGUUUGAAGGUCACUCGCGCCGACUACCUGGGCGGCAGGACGGCGCUGCACUUUGCCGCCAUGGACGGGCACGCCAGGUGUUUGAGACUUGUCGUAGCCGACUAUCUUCCCAGUGUUCCCCAGGAAUCGCGCAUCUCCUCCGGUUACUGUGAGCUGGGUGACGCGAGUUCGUCUCCCUCGAGGCAAAAAUUUAAUCCAAGGUGAGCUGCUUCCAUUGUUUUUCGUUGCCCCAGUAGGGUUAAGAUGGACAGAUGACGAAAUCGAUCUUGGGUUUUGAAGAAUCUGAGUGAUUGCAUAAUAAUUGCGUGGCUAUUUUUUUUGAUUAAAUGCUAGUAUUCUGUGGAUGAUGGAAUUUGACCAACAAACGUGAUUCGAUUCAUGUACCAUUCUUGUUUAGUUGGAUGCAUCCCAGUUUUUAUUUGGAUCACCGGAUACGAUUCGAGUAUCUUUUUAGGUGGAAUUUUCUAUUUUAUAUCGGCUUGAAUUGGGCUUUAAUCGACUUAAUCUAGUUUGUUGUAAGCUCAGAGAGUGAGGGAGGUUGGGAAAGUCUGCUCUUCCAGGCAGUGACUAGAAAUUUCUUUAUUGGGUUAGUUGGGAGGGAAGGAGAGAGAGAGAGUGAGUGAGUGAGUGAGUGAGAGAGAGACACACACAAACACACAAACACACACACACACACACACACACACACACACACACACACACAGAGGUAGAGGCAGAGGGUGGGGGAUUCAGCCCUUCCAGGUUGAUGAUGAUGGUACUGUGGCUUGUUAGCAUGGAUGACAUUUUCUUUAAUAGUUCCAGGAGGGAGGUAGGGAGGGGGGUAGGGAGGGAGAAGAGAGCAUCUCUAAUCACCCCUGUGGGCUAUUUUCGACCAACAACAGGAAACAGAUAUCUUAAAAAGGAAGAGAAAACGCAGGUAGCAGCCCAGAUAAGGAAUCCAGAUCCGGUUUCUGCCCUUUUUUCUAACAAUUCUAGCUGGCCUUGGCCGGAGUUGGACCUUGCCUUCAUCCACACUCAAGGAAGGCUCCUCUGUUUCUGGCCGCAGUGCAUUGUCCAGGCUGAUCAACAAAGCUGCCGAUGGCGGCAUAACCGCUCUUCACAUGGCGGCUGUGAACGGCCACUUUGACUGUGUGCAGCUGCUCCUCGAUCUCCAUGCAAGCAUCUCCGCCGUCACAUUCCACUACGGCACGGCUGUCAGCCUGAUUGGUAUGCUUCUACAUUGCCACGUGGGUUUCUCUUUGUCACCCAUCUUGGAUUUACUUGUGCCUAAGGAUAGAAAUAAACCUGUUUAUAACAGGGUCUGGGAGCACUCCUUUGCAUUAUGCUGCAUGCGGCGGAAAUCUCAAGUGCUGCCAGGCAUUCACAGACACACUCCCAAGGCUUUUCAAUUGUUCUUUAACUAUUUUUUAUGCAUCAUUUCUUAUUUGGGAAAUUUUCUUGGCUUCUUCUAGAUCCUCCUCGCCCGAGGGGCCAGCCGGCUGACAUUGAACUGCAACGGGUACCUCCUCCCUCCCCGUGAAGAGAUCGCUCCUCUUCCUGUAGACCCUCCUCAUAGAACCCUAAAAUGGAAGGUUGCCACCUUCCCUUCUGUCUUUUUCCUCAGGUGGCUUCCACUGGACGUGGCGAGGAUAUGGAGGCGUCACCUGCUGGAGCCCAUAUUGAACCCCAAUUCCAAGGAAAUCCUGCCCACAUUCCCUCCAUCGAAUUACAUCUCCCUCCCUCUCUUCAGCAUACUCAACAUCGCCAGGUAAAUGUCCUUCGACCGCAGCUUUUCUAUCUGCUUGAGGAAAUUAGAUCUUAAGUAUGUGCCCUUCUGGAUAUAGAUCAAGUACCUCACUUUUUCACUAGCCAUGCCCAUCUUCUUUUAUUGUUUGAACAAUUUCGUUUCUCUUUACCUGAAGACUCUGAUAUUCCCUCUAUUGGUGUGAAAUGUGAAUGAAAUGUUGUAGGGUGGAGGAACUUUGGACAUAGGGUAAUUUGAUGUUUUCCUAAUUGAGUAAAAUGCUGACGAACAUCGACUAUAUACAAUUGGGUCAUCUCUCUGGAGUCGAGAAAAGGAGUCCGCCAUAAUGCAAGUAGCUUCAGUGAGCCAGAUGAAAUCAACCCAAUACAAGAACUUUUUCAUUGACGUUUAUCUUGCAGAGAUUGUGGCCUCCAGCCCUCAACAUCCGCCUGUGAUGAUAAGGAACCAUGCGCCGUCUGCCUUGAAAGAACUUGCGCUGUGGCUGCCGAAGGUUCCCCCUCCCCCCCUCUUCUCUCUCUCUCUCGCUCGCUCUUUCUUUCUCUCUCUAUAAUAAUCUCUGAUAUGUAGGUUGUGGGCACGAGCUCUGCGUAAGCUGUGCGCUGAAUCUGUGCUCCACCGGCAGCAUUACCACCGAAGCAGCGGGGAUGCCCGGCUCAAUCCCCUGCCCGCUGUGCCGGCACGGCGUAGUCUCGUUCCUAAAGCUGCCGACGAACACGGUGAAGGAGCCCAAGCCGAGCCUGGCGCUGAGCUUCUGCAGCCCCUGCCUCCAAGCCAGCGACGCCGGCACGGCGGCGCAGGCGGCGGCAGCCCCGCCGGUGGCUCUAGAGGUGAGCUGCCCCGUCUCCUGCGGGCCGUUCCCGUCAGUGUCCGUCGCCGCCUGCGGCCGUCGCAACGGUCCCUGCGGGUCCGUGGAAGAGGAAGGGGAAGAGGAAGAGAGAAGGCUGCCUCGGGGCUCAGAGAGCGACGCCGCCGAGGGUGGUAAGAUCGACGGUGGCGGGCGGCUCGAGAGGGCCAGCUGCUCCGGUAUAUUCUGGAGCAGGAGAAGCUGCCAUAGAGAGCAGCAGUGUGAUUCAGAGAUCAGGGUUUGA